AUGCGCCCCAGGUUCCCCAUAAGACGAAUACUUCUUCUCCGGCCCUUCCGGCCCCCUAACUCCCCUCGACCAUUCACACAAAAUACCCUGUCUUGCCAGUCGCGGCCUCAACUCCCAUUCCUCUCGGCUCGUCCCCGCAAACCAACAGCUCGAUUUCUCACCACAGAACGAAAGGAUUGGAUCAAGGACGAGGUAUGGAAGGCCGGAAAAUACACAGCCGUCUUAUGGACAGGAGGUUUCUUGAUGCUGGUUCUUGUAUUUGGAGUGCAGCAGGAGUACCUCAAUCACAAAUACCCAUCUCCCAGUGAAUGGUCUUGGAUUACGAAGAAGGACUGGAGAAAUGCAAAGUGCAACGAGGAUCAGGAAGAAGAAGGGGGAGUUGGUUUGAUCGAUUGGGCGCGUACGGGCGGGGCAUAUAGACAUGUCCUGCGGAGGUUGGAGGAUCCAAAUAUCGAUGGAGCCGGGCUUGUAGAUACAGAUGAGGGAGGGAUUCUCGUGGCGGGGAUUGGGAGGACGGGAUAUGAUAUUACGGGGAAGUCUGAGCCUUGGAGAAGGGGGUAUUAUGAGGUGCUGAUGGGUGCUGCGAGGGCGGCUGAGCAUCUGGAUGGAUAUGUGCGGGAUAGGACGAGGAAUAUUGCUUUCCCUGCGAAUGUGGUUAUAGGGCCUUCGAAUCCGAAUCCUCGACCCGUACCGCCAGGAUCGCAGAGUGCACCACGAGAGGAGGACUGUGAGGCGGCAUUUGAGGGACCAGAAGUGUAUUAUAUGCGGGUCUUGACGACACAAGGAUUCACGGACAAGCAGAGGAUUGACGCAGCUUUGGCGUAUGCAAUCUGGCUGGAUUACAAGAAGACACCAGAGGCUUCUUUGGAAAUGCAUAAAUGGGCAUUGGAUAUCGCGGUAUCGAAAUCGGAGAAGCCAGCCAUUGAUCCUGCCACUGGAGUCAUCAAGGCCGACUCCGGACUGCCCAGCGCCAACAUUCUUUCCGUCGCAACUGCAUUGGGUAUACAUCAUGCUGUGAAUUCGAAUCUCACGCUGGCCCUUCCGAUAUUCCUGUCGGUCCUCCGUGCCCGAAGGUCUUUGCCAGAGAUUUCGACGACAAUGCGAUCAACACUUACGCCAGAUGAGGAACAGAGAGGUCUACUCAACAUAGCCCGAGAUAUAAUUCGCUCAACAAUCACACCGCCACAGUACCCACCUCCACCAGAUGAUGGGACGGCACCGCCGCUGAGGACUCCAAAGGAGAGAUGUGAAGAGGCUGGGAUAAUGACGUACAUUGGGGAAGUUCUGUACGCCUCCAAAAGCACCAAGACAAGCAGGGAAGACGGCCUAGCAUGGACCCGAGAAGCCGUUGAUCUUGCAGAAGAGGAAUUGCGCCGGAAGGGAGUUGAUAAAGAUGCCAAGACUAAAUGCAAGCAGUGCCUUGAGGUCGGACUUGGGAAUUGGAUGACCAUGGUAGGAAAGAUGGCAAGAGAGGAGAAAGAGACGAAGGAUGGUCAGAGCUCUGGAUGGUUGGGCUUUGGGGGCGAGAAGAAGGAUACUGUUGGAAGGUGGGAGAGCGAGGAACAGGUUAUUAUCGAGAGGAUGAGAAGGGCGAGUGAUAUUUUGGAUCCUGUCAAGUCGAGGUCGGCGUUGAGUGUAUGA